AUGAUUUUCAAAAAUACUUGUUGCAGUUUUCUUCGACUCUACCUCAUCCUAGUGGCAUGUCUUGUUUUUCAACGUUGUGCUUAUGCUAACCAUACUUCAACUCUGGUUGUAGAUGCUUCUGGUUCAUCUGGAAGGCCAAUUCCUGAAACUCUUUUUGGAAUAUUUUUUGAGGAGAUCAAUCAUGCUGGUGCUGGUGGAUUGUGGGCAGAGCUUGUGAACAACAGAGGUUUUGAAGCCGGGGGCACUCGAGUUCCAUCAAAUAUUGAACCAUGGACUAUUGUUGGACAAGAAUCAGAAAUUUUUAUAGAAACUCAACGUAGUUCUUGCUUUGAACACAACAAGGUUGCAUUGAAAAUGGAUGUGUUGUGCGAUAAUUGCCAUGAUGGUGUUGGUAUCUCUAAUCCUGGUUUUUGGGGCAUGAAUAUUGUGCAAGGGAAGAAAUACAAAGUUGUCUUCUUUGUUAGAUCAAAAGCACCAAUAGAUAUGAAAGUAUCAUUCAGAAAAACUGAAGGUGGAGGGAUAUUGGCUUCUAGCAAUAUCAAAGCUUCUGCAUCAGAAGUUUCAAAGUGGAAAAGGAUGGAGACUACAUUAGUAGCUGAUGCAUCAAGUUCCAAGUCAAGUUUGUAUUUAACAACAACCAAAAAAGGGGUGAUAUGGUUGGACCAAGUGUCUGCUAUGCCUUUGGACACAUUUAAGGGACAUGGUUUCCGAAGUGACUUGGUUAAUAUGCUAUUAGUAUUGAAACCAGCCUUUUUCAGAUUUCCAGGUGGCUGUUUUAUUGAAGGACAAACAUUAAGAAAUGCAUUUCGGUGGAAAGAUAGUGUUGGACCUUGGGAACAGAGACCUGGGCACUUUGGUGAUGUUUGGAGUUAUUGGACAGAUGAUGGACUUGGUUAUUUUGAGGGUCUUCAACUAGCAGAGGACAUUGGUGCAAAGCCAUUGUGGGUAUUUAACAAUGGCAUAAGCCAUACCGAUGAAGUUGAUACCAGUGUCAUCACACCUUUUGUGCAAGAUGCCCUUGAUGGUAUCGAGUUUGCCAGAGGUACAGCUACUUCAACAUGGGGUUCCCUUAGAGCAUCUAUGGGGCACCCAAAGCCUUUUGACCUAAAAUAUGUCGCUGUAGGAAAUGAAGAUUGUGGGAAGAAAAACUACCUAGGAAACUACCUAGCUUUCUACAAGGCAAUAAAGCAUGCUUAUCCAGAUAUUCAAAUUAUUUCAAAUUGUGAUGCUUCUGCCAAACCUUUAGAUCACCCAGCAGAUCUCUAUGAUUAUCACACUUAUCUUCAUGAAUAUCAACAUAUGUUUAAUAACGCCCAUGCGUUUGAUAAGACACCACGAGAUGGUCCAAAGGCUUUUGUGAGUGAGUAUGCUCUAAUUGGAGACAAAGAAGCUAAGCUUGGAACCCUUUUGGGAGCUGUGUCCGAAGCUGGAUUCCUUAUUGGAUUAGAAAGAAACAGUGAUCAUGUGAUAAUGGCUAGCUAUGCGCCACUUUUUGUAAAUGCAAAUGACAGGAAGUGGAACCCAGAUGCAAUUGUCUUUAAUUCCGAUCAGGCUUAUGGAACUCCUAGCUAUUGGGUGCAGUUUAUGUUUAAAGAGUCAAAUGGAGCAACAUUUCUCAAAUCACAACUUCGAACACCUGACCCUAAUUCAGUUGUUGCAUCUGCAAUUCUUUGGGAAAAUUCCCAUAAUAAGAGAAGUUACUUGAGAAUAAAGGUUGCAAACGUGGGAGACUAUCAAGUAAAUCUCAACAUUUUACUUGAUGGAAUUGAGAGUUCAAAUCUAUCUAAGGCAACAAAAACAGUGCUAACAUCUGCAAAUGCAUUAGAUGAGAAUAACUUCGCAAACCCAAAAAAGAUAGUACCAAAGCGAAGUCCACUUGAGAGUCCUGGCAAGGAGAUAAAUGUCAUACUUCCUCCAAUUUCAUUGACAGUAUUUGAUUUAUUAAAAACUCAAUGAUUAGAAAACCAUUAAAUUUUAGAGUACAAUUCACAUCUAUUGCUAAACUUUUGUAUAGGUGACAUGUGUCAAUUUGAGAGUUGUUAUAAAGGGUGGUCUUUUUUA